UUGGACACACGCAUGCUACAGUCAUGUCUCCAUGUUUCUGUGGCUAAUUAAAAGGUCACAUCAAGUCACACUUAGACGUACAAUGUUUCUGUGGCUAAUUAAGUCAUAUCAAGUAGAAUUUAGACUUAUCCAACGUUUCUGAUCAAAAGUCAUAUCAAGUCACAUUUAGACAUGCAAUCAUUUUUAAAAAAAAUGAUGUGAAAGAUACAGUAGCUGCUAGCUACAGACUGAUGUUGUAGUCGACUGGAGGAAUUUCAAUUCAUGGCCAUUCAUCGCUGUAACAGAUAGAAAGGAUAUAUCGAUUUUCAUGGAUUUAAUGUUAUAUAUAGACAGGUGAGUUGAUCACUAAUAUGUGUCAUAAUUCUAUGUUUAUUGAUACACUUGUUUGUUAGCCUUGUACAAAUUAAACUUUAGAUGUCAUUUGGUUGGGGGCGGGGGGAAGGGUGGUUUGAGUUGUUUGCUGAGAAGACAUAGAUUAUAUACAUCGACAUAUUUUGUAAGAGAAAAAACUAUGGGGAUUUAUAUUAAAUGACAUUGACAAAAUAGAAAUUUGGGUAAGAAAAAUAGAGAGAGAAAUUAAGAAGGGUGAGAGAGAGAGAGAGAGAGAGAGAGAGAAACAGAAAGAGCGAAGUCGAGAGAGAAACAGAGGCAACAAGACAAAAAAUGGUGGAGGACGAGAGAGAGAAAGAGAAUUAGAGAGAACGAGAGAGAGAGAAAGAGAAAGUUUUUAGAAAGACAGAAAGAAGGAAAGAUAAAUUAAGAGAGAUAUUCAGAGAUAGAUAGAGAGAGAGAGAGAGAGAGAGAGAGAGAGAGAGAGAGAGAGAGAAAUACAUUUAAUUAUCUACAGAUGGCGAUAGGUAGUUCAGUUUUUGCAAUAGUUCGAAAAAUAAAAUGAAAUAUUAAUAAAUCGAGGAAAUACUUGUGCAGAACUGAAUACAUUUAUUCUGUGUCAUUGUACUCAAAUAAAGGCGCGCCCUGAGCGAAGCCUGAAUUAACCCCCUCCCCCCCCCCCAUUUUUUCAUCAAUAAAUGUUAUAUGAUUAGGCUUUCUGCUUUCUUUAUAUAUAAAGAAAGUUUACGAUUUUGGCGGCCCCCUACUCGAGGCUGGCGCCCCGGGCGGUUUCCCCCUUUAAACUCUACCUCCACAAACCCCAUAUUGUAUAUAUUAGAUAGAUAGAGAGAGAGAGCGAGAGAGAGAGAGAGAGAGAGAGAGAGAGAGAGCGAGAGAGUGAGAGGGAGAGAGAGAGGUGGAGAGACAAAGACAGAGAAAGAGCGAGAGAGAUAUGGUCGGAGAGAGCAAGUGAAAACGAGAGAGAGCGAGAGAGAGAGUGAAAGAGAGAGAGGGAGAGAGCUAGAGAGAGAGAGAGAGAGAGCGAGAGAGCACUAAUUACUGGAAGGUAUAGAGAUAGAAUGAUAAAGACAGAGGGGGCAUGGGUGGAAACGUGUUUUUUUUUCCUGCACCCACCCCCAUGUUCCUAAACAAGACAUGCCGCUUCUGAUCUACGGUUAUGCUCAGCCGUUCACUCAGUUAUCUCUCUCCCCCAUACCCCCCACCCCCACACUUCAAGACAGGAUGGUUUACUGCCUACAGGUGGACUGACUUCCGCGAGUUAUUAACACCCCCCCCCCCCGACUCCACGCUCGAGGUUAAAGGCCACACGGGUCCCGGAAUAAAUUGGGUGCUUUAAGUAACUUAAGUAACUACAUGGCAGCCAGGUUCCCAGAAGUCUGCCCAUGUACCGGGGCCCAGACCCAAUUUAAUUGGUCGAAUAGCUCGACGGUUCUUAAACCUUGAUGAUCAAUAUCAUUUUUUUAUUUAUUUUUGUUUAAAUUUUAAAUUUAGGCGCAGGCCAAGGGGGGCGGAGGGGGGAAUCUUUAGGUUUAAAUAAAUUGAUUUAGUUAGACUUUAAAUUAUUAAUUCGCUUUUUAGGUGACUCAGAGACGACCUCGUCGACUGCAUGUCAAGAGUAACAGACUGACUCAUGAAAGGAGUUUCCAAAGCAUCUGAAGAUCUGCUAAUAAUAAAAUAUAUAAUAUGUAUAUUAGAGUUAAGAAAAAAUAAAUGAACAGAUAAAUGUAGACGUAAUGUCAGUAGGCAGUAGGCAUAGAUCAUUUUACGACUUGAUAUAUUCUAAGUUUAAUUUAUCCACGCAGGGGGCGAGGCGAGGUUUGGUGUCACCCGAGGCGAGCCACCCCCUACCGUACCAACCGUCCUGCGCCACUGUCUUCAAAAUCAAACACGGUAUCAGAGGCGUGUCUAUGGUGUUUGGCGCCCGAGGGACAAGAUUCAUUUUAAAGCGCCCCCCCCCCCACACUUUUCCUUUCUUUUUUCAACUCUCAAACCCAUUAUUUUCAUCAAUGCAAUAAUAUCAAAGCACAUUUUGGGGCCACUAACUAGUCUGGCGCCCAGGGACAUCUGUCCCCCUGCUCCCCAUUAGCUACGCCUCUGCGCGGUUUCCCGCCCCACACUUAACCUCGCCCCCUGACUGCCCCCCAAUAUACAAACACAUUCAAGCCUACUAAGAAAGUACCUUUCCCUAUUAAGUUAUGACCCAAGCCUGGUGACAUGGGUAAUGUAUGACCGUGACGGAAGUCUUUGACACUGUCCCGUGGCACGCGUGCUGACAAUGAGAGGGUGGCCAUUGUCUCGACCCUCUAUGCACAACAACAGACGAUCGCCAUCUUCAACACCUAGGUCUGGUUUUUACAAGAAUCUCUCAAUGUACGGUAACUGGCUGGUACAUGUGGCUGUUAUCUGUGGCUGUUAUCUGUGGCUAGUGUCUGUGGCUGGUAUCUGUGGCUGGUGGGUCUGGUGUCUGUGGCUGGAAUCUCUGGUUGGUAUCUGUGGCUUGUACAUCUGUGGCUGGUAUCUGUGGCUGGUGGGUCUGGUGUCUGUAGCUGGCGUCUCUGGUUGGUAUCUGUGGCUUGUACAUCUGUGGCUGGUAUCUGUGUCUGGUGGGUCUGGUGUCUGUAGCUGGUAUAUCUGGUUGGUAUCUGUGGCGUGUACAUCUGUGGCUGGUAUCUAUGGCUGGUGGGUCUGGUGUCUGUGGCUGGUAUCUCUGGUUGGUAUCUGUGGCGUGUACAUCUUUGGCUGGUAUCUGUGGCUGGUGGGUCUGGUGUCUGUGGCUGGUAUCUCUGGUUGGUAUCUGUGGCUUGUACAUAUGUGGCUGGUAUCUGUGGCUGGUAUAUCUGUGGCUGGUAUCUGUGUACUCUAGUUUACUUAAAUGUUUCACAUCUCGUUCAUAAUUCUGCACGAAAAAGAAUUAUUAGUAUCUUUAUUUUAUUAUAAUUUUUUUUUCUUAACAUUUUUUUUUUUAAAAACGUCAAAUCACGUGACCCUUGCUUUAUCCACUAACGUGUAUUGCAGUUUUAAUAAUUGUGCCACAGCGACAUGUAAGCGUGUGUUAAGGUAAGCGACACCUGUAUCAGGUAAGAGUUUAUCAAGUGCCACACUUUUUUAAAUCGGAAACUUAAACAUUAUAAUGAAAAUUGUUCUUAAUUUUUGAAAAGCACACCAAUACAAUAGUGUUUUUUUUGUUUUUGGUGUUUUUUUUUUUUUUUGGUUUGGAGGGGGGGGAUAUUGUGUAAGGCCGGGAUGGUUGACAAAAAAAGUAGGGUUGGGGGGGGGGGGUCCGAAAAGACCUUCCUCACAAUCCGGAAUAUGUUGCACCACGUCACUAAGUCAUAUUUAUGACGAGCUAUAAUACACAGCUGAAUGUGCUCGAAGACAUAACUCUUUAAAGAUCAACGCAAUAACCCUGUGGUUUUUCAACUUACAUGUCUCAAUCAGCUUCUGUUAAAAAAACACAACUUUACCUUACCUGAUUUUAACCACUGUCGUUGCUCGCUCGAAGGACCAAAGGAAAUGGAUGUACGAACGUCAGUCAUUGUCCAUAUUUUACAGUCGGAAGACACGUCCUAUCUCAAAGCACUCAUGACGCCUUAUGUACCCACUAGACAGCUCCACUCAUCCGUUGGUGGCAAAAUAUCGAUACCGCGUGUUCGCCCUGAGACUUACGGAAAGCGCACUUUUGCAUUUGCUGGCCCCAACAAUUUGGAACGCCCUUUCCUGUCGUUCUCAGAAACAGCCAGACACUGGAGUCCUUUAAAACCGAGUUAAAAACACAUCUAUUUCGCAAACACCGUCUGGGGUGAUGCUAUCUACCAAUUGUUCGAGUUAAUGUAUAUUGGCUUGUGUGGCUUAUGGUUGAAAUGGGAUGAAAUACUUUGACUUGGGUGCUCGUAUGUAGCUCUUUUUUUACUGUUGCGUCUGUUUUUAAAUGAGGUAAAUUUUAGAUUGUUUUUAUUUCUCUUUUCAAUAUGGUUGACUUUGUACUUUGUACCUCGCUUCGAUCUUUUGAGGAUGAAGCGUGUUUUUCAAAUAAACUUUAUUAUUAUUAUUAAUAUUAAUAUAUUAAAUGCCAUGGACAAGAUCAAUAUACUCUUUGAUUCCUUUAGAAUAUUUGGACAAAUAAACAUUUAAAUUAAAAAAAAAAUAAUCUUAUCUUGCAGCUAACUAAAGGAGAAAAAAACAAUACACAAAGGGAAAGCAUUCACUGCUAAUUGAUUCAGAGAUUACUCCCCCAAAAGGACAUCUAAGGGACAUGACUCAAGAAAAAACUUCAAGGGGCAACUACUCAUAUAUCACUAAAGAGAAAUGACUGGUCAAAUAAACUUUAGAAAAUAUCUCAUCAGAUUACAUUGCUGAUUAUUAUUAGUCUACGUCGAAGAGCGCCCCCCCCCCAACAUGAAUCUCGACCAACUGACCCGCGUCCUGGGGGAGUUCGGUCCCUACCAGAGACAGAAAUACCUGCUGAUGUGCCUGUUCUCCACACUGUCCGCCUUCCACGCCCUCAACAUGGUCUUCGUGGGGGCGGAGCCCAAGUUUCACUGCAGACUCCCCGACACGAACCUCAGCGAAACGCCGCUGGCCAACCUGACCGACUCCCAAAAGUCCGAACUGUUCCUGCCGCCCGGCCAGCCGUGCCGCGUCUACAACGUCGCGGAGAUGACGUCACAGCUGGAGCGUCUCGCGUACAACGUCACGGCGGCGGCGCUGAUGACGUCGUCACACAACGUCAGCCAGCAGACGUGCACGACCGGAUACGACUACGCCAGGGACGAAUACUCGAGUACCAUAACAUCGGAUGUAAGAUUUUUUGCCUACCCUAUUUUAGAAUAAAAAGGGUUUCGGUUGUUGUUGUUUUUUUUUUCUUUCUGGUUUUGGAAUGUUAGAAUUAUAUCUUUUCCAAUGAUAUGAGGGAGGACUGCGUUUGGGUUGAAGAAAUAAUAAGGCACGCAAUUGCACAUUGUAUUCAUUGCCUUGAACUAUUAUAAUGUUCUAAUUCCCACCCGCCUUUACACUGCAGAUUUAUUUUUAUAUCCCCAACAAUUUUAGAUGUCCCCAACAAUUUUUAGAUGCCCCCAACAAUUUUUAGAUGUCCCCAACAAUUUUUAGAUGUCCCCAACAAUUUUUAGAUGUCCCCAAAAAUUUUAGAUGUCCCCAACAAUUUUUAGUUGUCCCCAAAAAUUUUAGAUGUCCCCAACAAUUUUUAGAUGUCCCCAACAAUUUUGGAUGCCCCCCCCCACAAUUUUUAGAUGUCCCCAACAAUUUUAGAUGUCCCCAACAAUUUUAGAUGUCCCCAACAAUAUUUUAAAAACAAAAGAAAAUAUUACGCUCCAAACGCACUUUCGAUAUUUAAAAAAAAAAAAGGUUCUCAUUGUGUGCGCUUAUCGGGAAUUUCAUUUGAUCUUCCCCUUAAAUAAAACAGGAACAACUGAUUUUUUUUUUGGGGGGGGGGGGGGGUUAGCGCUGAAAACUUGACGGAAUGUCCUGCCAUCGGCAACGAGCCUAUACGUGCCAAGGCCAAGUUUCAGCUCGAUAGGUUGACGGGAAAUGUGUGUCAUUGGCCAAAAAACAAAAGAAAAUAUUACGCCCCAAACGCAAUUUCGAUAUUAAAAAAAAAAAAAGGUUCUCAUUGUGUGCGCUUAUCGGGAAUUUCAUUUGAUCUUCCCCUUAAAUAAAACAGGAACAACUGAUUUUUUUUUUGGGGGGGGGAGGGGGUUAGCGCUGAAAACUUGACGGAAUGUCCUGCCAUCGGCAACGAGCCUAUACGUGCCAAGGCCAAGUUUCAGCUCGAUAGGUUGACGGGAAAUGUGUGUCAUUGGCCGUCGAAAGAUUUUCGCCAGCUCACCACCCAUAGCCAAGAAAACAAAACAAGGAAAUUUAAUAUAAAAAGAUAAUAAAAUUUUAAAAAAAAAAACAACCCAACCCUUUCAGGAGAAAACCGGAGAAAGUUGUUUUUUUUUUGUUGUUUUUCCUCCGGUUGUCCAGCCGUCCCGAGUUUUAUAUUUCUCAUGUUUAAAUGGAAGCUCUCGUUCGUGGUAUCUUAGCAUUAUAAGCACUAGAGGCGAGUGUUACUUUAUCAUGUUCCCACCUGUUGUAGUUAUAUCAAUAUUUAAAUUUGGUUUUUGAUCAUUGAAAAAAAAAAUGUGUUUGCGCCUGACAGUUCGAUCUGGUGUGUGAGAACAAGUACUGGAGGAGCACCUCCAGGUCGGUCUUCUUCGGCGGUCGUCUCGUGGGCGCCAUUGUGUUUGGUCAGCUGUCGGACAGGUGAGCAUAAAAACGUCUGUUUACCUUUCUUUAUGAGACCAUAGUAUCUACCCGAUAGACCGUUAGAAAGACUAGUCUGACCGGAAGUGGAAGUGAAUAUAUGACUUUUCUCUCUCUCUUUAAAAAAAAAAAAAAAAAGAUACAUUAUUCCAUAUUAUAAUUUUUGAAAUAUUUUAUGAAUUUCAGAGUUUGUCUAUCGAAAGAGUUUUUAAAAAAAACAAAAAAACAAAAACAAAAAAAAACGUGUCAUGAAAUGGUCAUUCCAGGUUCGGCAGACGACCGAUGUUCCUGUUCGGGGUCCUCACACUGUUAAUAGCAGGGGUUGUAGCCUCCCUGGCGCCCAACAUGUUCGUCUUUUUGCCGAUGUACUUCCUGCAAGGGGCGGCGCACACCGGGGCGUUCCUUGUGGCGUUUACAUUGUGUAAGUCAACGGUUCUAAAACCUCUGCGGCCCAGAACCCCGGGUCAGUCAUAACGUCACUGUUAACUAAAGAAUGUUGAAUCGACUGAAAAUCUAUUCACAUUGUUAUUAUAUUUUGAUAUGUGCAUGUUUGAAUCGGUUAAGUGUAUUUUAAAAUUUCAUUAAUCAUCGCAUCGUUCACAUUAGUAUAUAGUAAUGAGUAUACUCUUCGUUCCUUUAGUGCUAAUUCUCAAUUAAGAUGGAACGAAGUCUUUCACGGGGCAACUAUUGACAUAGUACAUUUUUUUAAAAUAAAAAGGUUUAUUUCCUAUCAUAGGUGGAGCUCAUGUGUAGGACUUAUAGUAGACUUGCAGUAUAAUAAAAGAAAGAUGUGUACAGUGUAUUUCAUUUUUUAACGAUGACAGCUCCAAAAAGCUAAAAAUAGCUGUUUAAUCCACUGUUUACAGCCACUGAGCUCGUGGGCCCCAAGUACCGAGUUGUCGCUGGGUUCGUCAUUCAGAUUUUCUACGGCCUGGGGUACCUCGGUCUGUCCGGCAUUGCGUAUUUCAUCAGAGACUGGCGCUACCUGGAGCUGGCCAUCACCCUACCCGCUGUCUUGUUUGGUGUGUACUGGUGGUAAGGUCAUGGCGUUGCAAACCGAAUCUUACUUAUUUAUUUAUUUUUUUGUAUGGUGUGUAUGUGUAUGUGGGUAUGUGUGUGUGGGUAUGUGUGUGUGUGUUUGUGUGUAUGUGAUAGAAGAUUAUGAUAAAAUUACACAUUUUUAGACAUGCAUUCUCAGUGUAAAAACACAACAUGCAUACACAGUGUCCAGACACAACAUGCAUACAGUGUCCAGACACAUACACAGUGUCCAGACACAGCAUGCAUCAAAUCAAUCAAUUCAUUUAUUCGUUAAAAAAAAAAAAGUAGACUAUUCUAUCACACGUGCAACUUAAACAGACAUUGCUAAAUAUAUGUAGCACAGUUGGCUGGUCUCACGAAACCAUGGCUACGAAAUACGCACAUGCAUUUUAGACAGGGGCGUAGCUGGCCGGAGGGAGUCCUGGGGUCUCGACCGCCCCCCCUCCUUGCUGGUGCCAAUAUACUUUGUCAAUGACCCAAAUCCGACGAGUGCUCAAAGGAUGGCUAAGGUUGAACCCCCUCUCCCUGCCCAAAAAAUUAGUCAUCAACGCCCCUGCUUUUAUAUAUUGGUUUCUUAAGGUAAAACCAUCAACCCACCACGUCCUUGCAACAGCCCAUGCAAUCCGCUGUUAACUUUCUUAUAAGAUACACCUGUCUGCAACAAUAAUACCCCAUCUGUUAGUAUAAUGCCUAUAGCUUUGCACCGCAUUCAGUCGGCAAAUCGCAGAGGCAGACCUCUUUCAGUUUUUCGCCCCCUCAGGCUCUUGCCAGAGUCCAUACCUUGGUUGUUGUCGCAAGGGCGAGACGACGAGGCGGAGGCCAUCUUGAGAAAAGCGGCCAAACAAAAUGGCGUCGAGGUGGAGCAGCGGUUUUUCGUGAAGUUGAAAGAGGACACGACUCUGAAAGGGGGAGACCGGAAGUACUACGUCCUCGACUGUUUGAGGACCUGGCGCAUGGCGGCGAUGUCCCUCAACGUCUGGUUCAACUGGUGAGUACUGGAUGGUACUAUAAACAUGGAAAGUGAAUUUGGGUGAAAUGAGUAGAGUUUUAAUCAAGUUAGAUCAGUGGUUCUCAACCUUCCUAAAGCUGCGACCCUUCAGUGCAGUUCCUCAUGUUGUGGUGACCCCAACCAUAAAAUUAUUUUCGUUGCUACUUCAUUAUAUGUGUUAUCUUUUAUGUGACCCCCGUGUAAGGGUCAUUCGAUCCCCCCCCCCCAAAAGGGGUCGUGACCCACCGGUUGAGAACUGCUAGGACAGGUGGUGGUUUUAAUUACUUCAACAAAGACCCCCGUGUAAGGGUCAUUUGUUCCCCCCCCCCAAAAGGGGUCGUGACCCACCGGUUGAGAACUGCUAGGACAGGUGGUGGUUUUAAUUACUUCAACAACCCCCCCCCCCCAAAGUUGCUAGAACAUGUCACUGGAGAUUGCGUAGCCAUAUCUGUAGCAUGCUGCCGGGUAAGUAAUCUUCAUGGAAGGUCCAGAGAGAACGAUACAGGGGAAGACCCAGCGAGAGAGAGAGAGGACCGGUGAAUGGUCAUCGGAACAGAGAUCUGGAUCCUGCGGGCAGCUCACAAUGAAAGACGCCUCAAGCCAUAAGUGUCGUCCCUUGAGCCGUUGCCCAAAGCACGAGUUGGCGAAUGAAGCUUCAGUGAAUGAAUGCCACGUCUUUAGUUACAUAAAGUAUUCCAUAUAAUGGAUUAAUAAAAUGAGUUUGAUGAUAAAUAAACUAGAAGGGCCGAGUAGAAAAAGUACUUAUUAAGUAUUAAGUGUUUGUUGUUGUUUUUUUUUGUUUGUUUGCAGUUUUGAGAAAAAUGAGUUUAAAGAUAUUAAAGUCAUAUUGAAGUACCUUAUAAACUUUUCAAGGUGUUUUCUAAAUCCUACGCUUUAGUAUAUUUUUAAUGAAUGAUAUGUACUGUAAAGAUGCAGGGAAUUAAUCAAAUUAUAUAAUGCCUUCCUUAACUUAUUUUGUAAAUCAGAUAAGACAACUCCCCCCCCCCCCGGGCCUCCAUUUUUUUUUACAACGAUACAUUUUUUCCAAUCUAAAAUGACGCCCCCGAUUUAAUUUGUGACCCCCCCCCCUAUCAGGCUCGUCAACUCACUCGUGUUCUACGGCAUCUCGUUGAACUCGGAGAACAUGUCCGGCGACCCGUACCUGAACUUUUGCAUGAUCGGCGGCGUCGGCAUCCUGGCCUACGUCCUGUGCCUGGUGCUGGUCGGCCGGACGGGGCGGCGCCUGUCCCUCAUCGUCACCAUGUGCGUCGGGGGCGUGGCGUGCGUCAUCGCCGGAUUCUUCAUCACCAAAGAUGAACCGGGUAAUCUUGUGAAAUUUUCAUCCCGAAUUUAAAAAAAAAAAAAAAAAAAAAAGAAUUAAAAUAUAUUGUUGUGAAAAUAGCCAAACACUAACUUGUUCGCUAUUGAUUUUUAUGUGAUGUAAAAAAAAAAAAAAAAAAAAAAGAAUUAAAAAAUAUUGUUGUGAAAAUAGCCAAACACUAACUUGUUCGCUAUUGAUUUUUAUGUGAUGUAAUACAUUUUCACAUGUUUAAAAAAAAAAAAAUCAAUAACAUUUAACUUUAUUUAAUAAGAAAAAAAACAACUUCCUAUUCUAAUAUCUACUAUUCUCUUUGUAAUGGAAUUACCUCCCCCCCCCCACCACCGCCUUUUUAAAUGUUUAGAAAAAAAUAAUUAAUUAAUAUUUUAUUUAAGAUAAAUAAUUGUAAUCUAUUUUUUUCCCCACAAUAAAAUUUAAAGUAAUGCUACUUUUGAAGGUGACGCGAGACAUGGCUCAACACUUCAUUGCGGGCAGGGGGGUCUUGCGAGACAUGGCUCAACACUUCAUUGCGGGCAGGGGGGUCUUGCGAGACAUGGCUCAGCACUUAAUUGCGGGCAGGGGGGGUCUUGCGAGACAUGGCUCAACACUUCAUUGCGGGCAUGGGGUCUUGAACCUAAAAUGCGUUGAUGCUGCACUGUGUUUAGAAAAGAUUGGGGGGGGGGGCAACACUCGUAUAAUUUAAACGCACGUACAGUUAACACUGAACCGAAGAGGGUACGACGGAGCACCCCAUGCCAUUUAAGUCUGAGCAAUAAUUCAAAAGCCGGAUUAAAAGCGACUCGUCCUGUUGCAUUUUUUUGUUUUUGAUUUUAAAAGUCACGAUAAACAUGUUCCCCUUGAGAAGUACAGGGGUUCUUUAAACCUUUUCGUAGCGCCGCACCCGAUCUUAUUUCAAACUAAUUUCCCGCGCUCCCACCUCGAUGACAUAUAUUUCCGAGCACACCGGGCCACAACCAUUUCAGUUAUAUAUUUUACAGACCCGCACCCCCCACCUCAACACCGUAUUUUCAGCACCCCCUCCCACCUAGAUUUCUUUUUUCCCGCACCCCCGUCUCGAUGAAAUACCCCACCCCCCACACCCCUACCUCAACCACAUAAGUCCUGCACCACCCACGAUUAAAACAAAAUAUAAUAACAGUGCCAAUAAGCCUGAUUUUCUGGGUAUCCCCGCAUCCUUCCUCUCCCUCCCCCCCCCCACUCACCUUCUUUUCCUGACGCUAGUUAAGGAGCAGCCCUGCUUAAGAACUCCUGCCAUUGAAGGAACCGAUAACAGCCAAUGAAACACAAUACGCCUUAACCCUGUUACGCUCCUAUCUGACAAGUUCCCUGGCGUAAAAGCCGAAUUUAACACAUGGUGUCAAUUUUUGUUAAAAAAUUCAAAAUUCUGGAAACAAUUUAAAUAAAAUAUUAAACAACCCUUAAAAAAAAAAGAAAAAAAAAAAAGAAAAGUUUUUCGUUUGCAUCCAUUAAAUGAAUUUGUGUUUGCAUUUAUAUAAUUGUGCGUGAUUUAUCAUUUAUUAAGAAUCGGUUACGCACAUGGGUCAACUUCUGGCGAAAACACAUUUCAUAUUUUCUUCAUUGUUUUUCCCCUUCAAAAAUUCAUUAUAUUUUUUUUUUACUGCAUACCCAACCACGUCACAAAUAUAUAAAGCACAUAGCAAACAGCUGCACAAUUAAUCUCCACACUAAAAACACGUUACCAUUGAACUAAUCAUGCGUCAUUCAUCUUCCCCAUUGAAAAACAUUUUUUUAGUUAAAACUGAUUUUGUAGGGUUGGGAUCAAUGUUCCCUUUAAGCUGGGCGGCUGCGCGGCAGUUUUGAGUACCGCGCAGCAAAUUUCCAUGUAAGUGAGUGUUUGUGUAUGUGGGCUGUAAAACUUUGCACACAACUGUAUGAUGUUGCACACGAACCAACAAACCUUAAAGCAGUGGUUCUCAACCUUUCUGAUGCCGCGACCCUUUCAUACAGUUCCCCGUGUUGUGGCGACCCCCCAACCACAAAAUUAUUUUCGUUGAUACUUUAUAACUGUGGAGUACAUGUGUUUUCAGAUGGUCAUAGGCGACCCCUGUGAAAGGGUCGUACGACCCCCAAAGGGGUCGCGACCCACAUGAAGAGAACCGCUGCCUUAAAGGGAACAUUGGUUGGGGUGAAGGGGAUGGGGGGUACAAAUUUUGAUAGAAUGUGUUUCCGUCGGCAACGAGUCAAUGUGCCAAGUUUCAGUUCAAUAGGAUGGCGGGAAGUGGGUCAAUGAGCCGUCCGAAGAUUUUGCCUUAAACACAGAAACACACGAAGAAAAGUGAAGUAAUAUAAAGUUUGUUUUUUUUUAUUAUUGUUUUUAAACUCAUGAAUAAAAAUUUUUUAAAAAAAAAAGAAGAUAUUUAUCACUUCCGUUUUAACAGAGAGUUCGUCCACCUGCAGUGCAGCCGUGGGCAGAGAAGGACCCCCCCCCCACCCCCUCCCCUUAACUCGUUUCAUCAUAAUUAAUUAACACACAAAGUACUUACGAACUUUACUUUAAAACUCCGUUGGUUCUUCUUAUUAGUAUGUGGCUAAAAUGAGAUGUACCUAAUAUGUUUCAGUGUUCAAGAUCCUCAUCAAAGUCUUCAUUCUGCUUGGGAAAUUUUGCAUCACCGCGUCCUACUCCAUAAUAUACUUAAUGGCGGCUGAACUUUUCCCAACCGUUGUGAGGUGAGCGAAGGGGAAUAACUGAAAAUCAGUGAACUUGUCCCAACUGUAAGUAGUCGAGAAGGGGAAAAAAUAAAACAAAAUGUAAAAAAAAAAAAAAAAAAGAAAAAAAAAACCAAGAAGGAAUUUCACUUUUUUUACGAAAAUUCCCGGAUUGAUUAUUUUCUAAAAACUCGAAGAAACUUAAUUAGCUUUUAUUUAUAAAUAUUUAGCAUCAAGCAUUAUGGACUUGAUGAAGCGUAUAUUUUUUAAAAAAAAUUGUUAAGUUGAGUUCAUGAACUUAUUACUUUCCCCUUUCUUAAUUUAAAGCCGGGUAACCUCUGAGUGAUUACAUCACGUAUGUGAAUAUUUUAAGAACUGUUUUUGGUCCAUUAACCCCCUUCUGCAAGAAAAAUGCGAAUAAAAAAAUUCAAUUUCACAAUGACAAUGUCUUAACGCAGAAGAAGAAAUAGAAGCGUACGCCUCGAAAGUUUAAACUGUGAGUAAAAUACGGCCACUAGGAGUUUAUUUGUGGACAAAGAAUGCAGUUGGUCUUGUAUCGUGUUAGCAGGAUGAUUAUGGUGAAAAUGAAUUUUCAUGACAACUUUUGCUGAAAGGAUAUAUAUUGGGUUAUCGGAUCGAUAGGUCUUAUUUUUUUUUUUUUAGCAUUGUUUUUUCAAUACAUUUACAUUUUUUUGGAGAUGUAGAGUUGAAACGAUGGUCUACUCUCGACGCAAGUGCUUUGGAUUGCCGUCUUUGUUUUCCCUCGUUCUUCUUUCUUCUUGUCUUGGAAGAGUACCGUGUUUUGAAAUGAUCAGCAAAACAAAUGUAACACAUCCGGUGUUGAAAAAAACUAAGUUAUGAAGAACAUGAGUCUUGGUGGAGAUACAGAAUAGGGGAAUGAAGAAGUGUAGGAGCAGGUUAGGAGUUGUGCCUUGGUGUAAAUAUGAAUUGGGGAAUGAAGAAGUGUAAUAGCAUGUUAGGAUUUGAGCUUUGGUGUAAAUAUGAAAUGGGGAAUGAAGAAGUGUAAUAGCAGGUUAGGACUUGAGCUUUGGUGUAAAUUUGAAUUGGGGAAUGAAGAAGUGUAAUAGCAGGUUAGGACUUGAGCUUUGGUGUAAAUAUGAAAUGGGGAAUGAAGAAGUGUAAUAGCAGGUUAGGAGUUGUGCCUUGGUGUAAAUUUGAAUUGGGGAAUGAAGAAGUGUAAUAGCAGGUUAGGACUUGAGCUUUGGUGUAAAUAUGAAAUGGGGAAUGAAGAAGUGUAAUAGCAUGUUAGGAAUUGAGCUUUGGUGUAAAUAUGAAAUGGGGAAUGAAGAAGUGUAAUAGCAGGUUAGGACUUGAGCUUUGGUGUAAAUUUGAAUUGGGGAAUGAAGAAGUGUAAUAGCAGGUUAGGACUUGAGCUUUGGUGUAAAUAUGAAAUGGGGAAUGAAGAAGUGUAAUAGCAGGUUAGGACUUGAGCUUUGGUGUAAAUAUGAAUUGGGGAAUUAAGAAGUGUAAUAGCAGGUUAGGACUUGAGCUUUGGUGUAAAUAUGAAUUGGGGAAUGAAGAGUGUUAAUAGCAGGUUAGGACUUGAGCUUUGGUGUAAAUAUGAAUUGGGUAAUGAAGAAGAGUAGGGACAGGUGAGGAGUUGUGAAGAAAUGUGCCUUGGUGCCGCUAUGAAAUUACGGGAAUGAAGAAAUUUUUGAUAGGUCACGAGUUAUGACAAGGGUAACUAGAUGUAGAAUCCAAUAAUACUUAUUAGCCGUUAGAUGAGCUCCCAUUAUCUAUCUGGCCAUUGACAGCCGAUAACCCCCCCCACCCCCCUUUUCCCCAACCCUCCAUGCACAGGAACGUUGGGAUGGGCGUGGCGUCCAUGUCGGCCCGGAUCGGCGGUAUCUUCGCUCCCAUAAUUUUGGACCUCAAGGAUGUAUGGGGGCCACUUCCGCUGCUCGUGUUCGGCACGCUGAGUGUUGUGUCUGGGCUGCUGGCGCUGUUCCUCCCGGAGACAUCGAAGCGCCCCCUACCGCAGACGUUGCAAGAUGUGAAGCACAGGAAACACGGGUAAACUUUGCGUUCACGUGAUUUAUUAUUAAUAUAUUUUUUUUUUGGGGGGGGGGGGGGGUGAAAUUUUACUUUAGAAACUUAAGUGUUUUUUUUUUUACACACCUAUCUCCCUCCACCUUUUCCUAAAAAAAAAGAAAAGAAAAAAAAGUGCUUUCGAAUCUCAUUUAUCAGCAUUGACAUCUAUCACAUAUCCCACAUCUGCCACGUUCACCUGUCACGUUCACCUGUCACGUCACCUUUCACUUUAAAUUUCACGUAAAAAAGGUACAUUUAUCACGUUCAGUUGUCGCGUUCAUUUUUUAAAAAUUUAUUUGCUUUACAAAACUAUCAAUUCCAAUGGAGGUUAAUUGAAAGGUAACUUCUUAUUGCAUUGUGUGUGUUAAAUCAACAGGGCCCAUAAGAUUGGCUAAGAUUUAGUGCAUGCCAUAAUAACUCCAUCUAGUGAUACAACUAGCGACCCGGAGGCUACCCACACGCUUCCUAAGUUUGAGAUUUGAACUACGCAAUGAUAUGUUGUUGUUUUUUUUUGUGUGUGUUUGUUAAAUCAGCAGGUCCAUAAGAUUGGCCAAGAAGAUAUAGUGGCUGCCAUAAUAACUGCAUGAUACAGUGAUACAACUUACAGUUGGCACGAAAGCACCUGGAAGUCCCCUCUCCUCCCCCCCCCCACUUCUACUUCCUACGUUUGAGAUUUGAACUACAUGAUUAUAUGUUGUUGUUUUUUUUUGUGUGUUAAAUCUACAGGUCCAUAAGAUUGGCCCAGAAGAUAUAGUGGCUACCAUAAUAACUCGAUGAUACAGUGAUACAACCUACAGUUGGCAUGAAAGCACCUGGAGGCUCCCUCCCACCCCUUCCCCCCACACCCUUCUGCUUCCCGAGUGGGAGAUUUGAACUACGUGAUUACAUGGUUUCUUGUUUGUUUGAAGUUUGUGCGGAUGUGGAGCUAGAGAGUAUUUCAUUACACAUAAACAUUCUUGCGAAUCACAGACAUUUUCAAAGACGGAUUU